AUAGGAAAUUAAACCCUUCUGUUGUCUUUUGUCUUGCCAACCAUGUAUGUUCCAGUACUUCUACAUGACCUACUUUAAUUGUUCUCAUAUAUGAUGUGUUUCCAGCAGACCAGCAGAUACUUUGUUUACAGGAAACAUUGCUUACAGGAAACAGUCGCUCUGGAACUUCGAUUACAUUGCUUAUUUGCUUUGUUUUGUCAGGAUGUUGAUAGUUCUGAGAGCACCUCCAGUACAGGAUCGGCAUAUAUUGGCCUCUUUGUUCGAAUGCUAGGGUUGGACAAUGAUCCUCGUGAUAGGGAACAUGCCGUUUACACAAUUUGGCAAUACUCCCUUGGUGGACGGAAGUGCAUUGAUGAGAUAAUGCAAUUCCAUGGUUGUCUUGUCCUAAUUGUCAGCCUCCUAAAAUCGGAUUCUCCUCGUGCCUGUGAAGCAGCUGCAGGAAUUGUGCGUAAUAUAACUUCAGUGAAGGUAUACAGGGAUGUGGCUGUCGAGAGUGGUGCAAUGGAGGAAAUUUUUAGGCUUCUCUGUAAAUCCACGAUAACUCCAGAGAUGUUGGAGCAGUCAUUGUGUACCAUUUGGAACUUUUCUAUUGAUGAAAAUUUGAGAUACAAAAUUUUGUCAAGCGAUAUCCUAACACGAAUUGUUAGAUUUCUAGAUGAUGAAGAUAUUAAAGUCAAAGAAGCUGCUGCAGGUAUUAUAUCAAAUUUAGCUUUAAGUCGUUCAAAUCACGGAGCUCUGGUUGAAGCAGGUGUUAUUCCAAAAUUGGUUCAACUUUUGCAAAACAAAGAGGAUGACUAUAAGAUUAUCAGAAAGGAAGCUAAAAGUUCACUCUUGGAACUAUCCGCUGAUGAAUAUUAUCAUAACCUUAUAAUAGAAGAGGGUCUAGUCCGGGUUCCUCUGAUUGGCUCAGCUGCAUAUAAAGCAUUUAGACCUCUUCCACAUUCAUGGCCCUCUUUCCCUGAUGGCUCUGAGAUCCAGCGGAGUUCUCGCCCUUCAAAAUAUGGUGCUACUGAAUUGCUUCUUGGUCUGAGUGUUGACGAGAAGGAAACCGAGCCUGAUGAAGCUAAAAUUAAUGCUAUGAUAGGUCGUUCAAAUCAGCAAUUUCUCGCACGCAUUGGUGCUAUUGAGUUGGAUGAUGAAGGAAAGGAACAAUCCAGUGGAUCUCAAAAAGAUGCUGUCUAUACCAUUCUACCUUGGGUAGAUGGUAUUGCACGGUUAGUUUUAAUCAUUGGUCUUGAAGAUGCUUCUGCAAUUGCAAAGGCAGCUAAAGCAAUUGGUGAUGCGUCGAUAAAUGAACACAUGCAUUCUUCGUUCAAGGAAGCUGGAGCUGUCAAACCUCUACUUCAGUUACUAAAGCAUACUGAUAUGCUCAUUAGAGAAGCCGCUGCUUAUGCAUUGGAAAGACUAAGUGUCAGUUCCGUAGUCUAUGAGAAGAUCAAAACAGAUGGUGGUCUAAAAGUGCUUGUAGACAUAGUGAAGGAUCCUAAUAUUCCAGUAGAGCAACUGGAGAAGAUAAUUAAUGUGCUUUCUCGUAUAUUUGACACGGGUGUCAGCAUGGUAGCUGUGGAUGCAGAGUAUUCUCAGAAGAGCACUCAAGAUGAUAUUGAUAGUGGGACCAAUGGAACAUCCGUCACAUAUUUGAAACAAGAUGAUAAGUCUAGUGUGUCAGUCAUUGAUUUUGAUGCCAUUUCACGAUUAACCAAAGUUCUGAGGGAAGCAUCUCCAAGUUUGCAAGAAAAAGUCGCUUCUAUACUGGAGCAUUUAGCAGCUUUUGAUCAGCAUGCCACAGCAAUGAUAGCUGCUCGCAUUGGGUCAGUAAUUGAAGCUGUUCUAGAAAUGGGGGUCAUUCAUGGUACCAUGGGUGAUACUGAGAAUUUUGAUGAUCUUCCUACUGUUGUGAUUGACCAAGUCAGUAGAGCUGUUUCUGCAACUGUUAGGUUACUCACAAGAUUACUCAAUUUCGAUCUUUUUGUUCGCAGCAUAAGUACCGAGAAGUUUAUUGCUCUGUUAAGACGAAUGCUCAAGUCCAGUAUUCCUCUUCAGUCGAAGAACUGGCUCGCAGCAUGUCUUAUUAAGCUACAAUCAUCGGCCGGUUUAUCAGGACAUGAGAGUGUCAGUAGUGUAGAUAUGGAGAUAACUAUCUACGAGACUAUUCCAAGGCUAGUUGAGCAGAUGAUGACCUCACUUUCUUUUGAAGAUAAAAGAAAUGCUGUAAUAGAGCUGAAUAACCUAGUAUCAGGAGGUGUCAUGGAAUACACAAGAGCAGUUGCCACAGCUGGAGGAAUAUUUCCUCUGGUGAAAAUGAUUAAAGAUGGCGAUGGAGCUGCAUUGGAAGCUAGCCUUACCAUCUUGUAUAAUCUGAGCAUGGAUCCAGAGAAUCACCCAGCAAUAAUUGCUGCUGGAGCAGUGCCCCUAUUGAAGCGGAUUGUUGUUGCAGAAAGCGCACACUGGAACCGUGCUCUUCAGUUGCUGAGAACGUUGCCUGUAUGACAUCACAAUGACAAACGACCAAUUCUUCUCAGUACACCUUUAAAGCACACUUUGUUGUGCUGACAGUGACUGGUACCAUUAAUCUAGCUCAAAUAUAUCAUGUAAAUAUAUAGAGAAUUCCAUGGAAAUGAAGAAGCUCGGUGGAGCUAUUUAUUGGAAUCAGGGGUCCUAAUUUCCAGCAGCUCGGCAAUGAUCUCACCAUUUCAUGACCGACCACCUGUCUAUCAAGCAACCUGUGACUUGAGCAGGAUGAAUACCUUUUGUGCUGACAGGUAAAGAGACAAAAGUGUGCGCCAGAGAAAGGCAGCAGUUCUUGCUAGUACCGAGUGACACUGCAGAAAAUUCACAUUGGUACGGAAAUCCACAAUACUCCGUAUGCUAAUGCUGCCGCUGUAAAUGAUUCCAGAGACAGACAAUAGCAUUCUGGAGCCCUAUGAUCUUUCUUCAUCAUCCUUUGUCCUACUUCCACAGUUAAUUUGGCCUCUCACAACUAGAUUAUCACAUUACAUUACAUUAGGGAGAGUAUAAUUUCCCCCAACAUGUAACUGAAGUAUUAUUGCCUUAGAAAAUGUAGCACUGAAUGUAAAAGUGCUAACAAAUCAGCUUGAAGCAGUGAUACGUUUGCUAUUGGGGUCAGCAUGUGCGGCUCACGUGA